AUGAAUGCUCAGCUGAUUCGGGCUGCUCUAGACGAUGUCUCCUGUGAGUAUGCGGCUCUGCAGUCGAUGGAUAUCCUUAAUCUUCCAGAGCAACAAGUUCUUGCGCGCAUAGAGCGCAUGCGACAGCAGCUGGAACAGGUAGGACUGCUUAUAGCUGACUUCUCUGCAAUGUAUCCGGCCGAGAGCAGAGCUAUUUCGAUCUACCAAGUCAGUGCAGACACCCUUCAAAAUGACUUGGAUGCUCUAAGAGCGAAGUUUGUGGCAGAUGUAAAGGCCCAGAACAUGGCCAUGAAGCACAGUAAGAGACAAGCAAAUCUAGAGGAUAACGAACGGGUGCGCACAAACGUUGAUGUAAUAUCGCGUCUGGAGAACGUCUAUAGAAUUCUCUCCCAAGAGGCCACGCGAAGUGAGGACUGUCUGCGGGCGCUCCAGGCGUCGACGGACGUUCUUCGCAGUGUCUCACAGAGCCACGAUAGCAUUGCCAUGGCAACUGUAGAGGGCCGUCGGUGCAUUUCGGAGAUUGAUAAAAUCGAGCGAAGAGAUAAACGGAUUGUCAGGGGCCUCUUUCUGGCAUUCUGUGCGACGGCCCUUUUUGUGGUCCGUCACAGACUUAGACGAAUCCACCUUUAUCCCCCGUUUCUUCCUUAA